CGAUAGACCCUCAAAUUGUGGCAGUGGCGCCACCUACGCAGAGUUACGCGUAAUAUUCCCUAUUAAAUAAAUAAAUAUUAUGGGACAAUCUUACACAAAUCGACCUGGUCCCACAGUAAGCUCAAUAAGGCUUGUGUUGUGGGUGGGUAUGGGUACUAGACGACGGUAUAUAUAAUAGUUAUCCUGUCUUCGUCCUUCGAGAUUUAAUCCUUUACUAUGUAGUAGCCUAUGCUACGCGCAAACCUAAUCGCACAAGUUUUAGCGUAGAGAGAGAGAAAAAACACAUUCAUUUCUCCCUCUCCUAUCCCACCCGGCGCAGUAGUCAAUCCAACUGUCAACUUCAUUCUUGUCCGUGCGCGCGCGGCGCUCGGUUCGCACAAGUGCAAUUUUCUACUGAAAUAAAUAAAUUAUGUCGAAGCGACCGCAUGGAGAGUCUCAAGAAGAGAGAUGGAUGAGGAAAUUGAAAAUGUAUGAACAAAAACUUGAAGCCAAACGUAAGCGGCGCGCUGAAAAGUCUGAAAAUAUAGCUCCAAAUCAGCAGGAUGUGCAAAACGAAGAACAUACCGAGCACAAUGAGGCUUUAUAUGACCAGACACCAAAUGAAUCUGAGAAUAUAACAGAUGUCGACAACACCGAAGAACAUCAAAUGCGUGAUGUUGAAUACGACGAUUACUCGUACGGGCAUAUCGAAUUUGAUGAUGCUAGUGAGAUUACUGAUACCACAUGCACCAGCCCGGGCUACACGGCAAAUGGCCAAGACAAGGAGAUAAAGGAGAACGUCACAGAAGGUGACUUUGACCCUAGUCUUUUACAAGAACUGGGGAUUGUAGAAGCGGAUCCCAUUGAGUUCGGUGAUGACUUGCAGGUUGACGUAGCGGCAAGAUUCCAAAAAUUUUUGUUGGAAGGACUUAAAAAAGAAAAGAAAGAAGAACUUUUGAAAAAAUAUCCAUUUCCCAAAAACGUUCCUCUAGCAAAAAGCCCGUCUCUAAACCCGGAAAUUGGAGCCAUGCUGGCCGAAGCAUGCAAGCUGAGAGACAAAAGGCUGCUCACGAAGCAGGACCAGCUUGGCAAAGCGCUUUCAGCGCUAGGCAAGGCGCUAACUGGCCUUUUGAAACGAACUCCGGAUAUCCCAGAUAUUAUUCGGACACUCAAUGAUGCGGGCAUUAUGUUAGCUGAUUCCCAUUAUGUUGAAACUGAUACCCGCCGCUCAGUCAUUAUGCCACUAAUAGAUAAAUCCUUUGUGGAGACUUUCAAAGACAGAAAAAGAGACACCUUUCUUUUUGGAGAAAAAUUGGGUGAGUUGGUGAAGGACUCUCGUGGUAUAAAAAAGACAGGACAGUUAAUUCAACCACCAUCAACGACUUCUAAUUUAAAUGGCAGAGGUCCAUCGACGUCCCGAGGAAUGCGAUAUCAGCGGGGAGGCCACACAUACCAACACCGACCCGGUGGACCGAGAGCAGCAAUGUCGGCCCAAGCAUACCAAUACCAAUACCAAGGUCGCAGACGAGCAGCUCCGCCGCCGCCACCGCCUCCGCUGAGCCGCCGUCACCCUCCACAUCCACCUUCAACACGCCGACCACCACCUCCUGCGCAGCGCUCCUCAACCAGUCGGCGGACUUAACUGCGCAAUGUCAGAUCAACACACCCGCUACACCGUCAUAUUUCCCUGGUAGCGUGUGUGUUAUCCGGGAAGGGUUCCGUAGACAAUGUGUACCUGAAACGGCAUUAGAG